ACCAGUCAUGAAACGAAUCCUUCUGUUUUUUAUCCUGGCUGCUGCUGUUAUGUACGGCAUACUUCAUGGAAAUUUGUGGAGGAAUAACCUCUACUGGAUUAGCUUUUAUGGACAGACUUCUUCUGUGAGGGCUCCUUCUUCCUAUGAGGCUACUGGAAUUACUCAACUGCCACCCACAGCUGUGGAAAGAAAGAAUGAUCUAGACACUUGUCUCCUGAAACCAGCUUUUGAAUCUUUGCUGGGCGUCGACAAAAUAUACCCAUUCCUGUGUGCUAAUGACUUUAUCAAAGUGGCAGAGUUCCAUGGAAGUGAAAAGUUUGAACUACCUUAUGGAAUAAAGAGAGCAGAGCAAUUCUUUCGUUUAGCCCUUUCAAGACUGCAAAAUUGUGGCCUGAGUAAGGAAGAAGACAGUGUUGCCUGUCGAAGGUGUGUUGUGGUUGGCAAUGGAGGAGUGCUUCGAAAUAAGACAUUAGGAGAGAAAAUUGACUCAUAUGAUGUGAUAAUAAGAAUGAAUAACGGUCCUGUUAUAGGGUACGAAGAGGAUGUCGGGAGGAGGACCACUUUCCGCCUUUCUUAUCCGGAAUCCAUCUUCUCGGAUCCAGUCCACUAUGACCCCAAUACGACUGUUGUUCUCAUUGUCUUCAAAACACGAGAUUUAAAGUGGCUUUGGGAGAUAUUAAGUGGUCAGAAAAUAAGUGCUAAAGGCUUUUGGAAGAAACCGGCUUUGAACAUGAUAUAUAAAUCUAGUCAAAUCAGGAUACUUGAUCCCAGCAUCACCAGAAAAGCUGCAUAUGAAUGGCUUCACUUCCCAACGAGGUUUCCCAAAAAGGAGAAACCCAAGCAUCCGACAACGGGUCUGAUCGCCAUCACGCUCGCCUUUCACAUAUGCCAUGAAGUUCACCUGGCAGGCUUCAAGUAUGACUUCACCGACAGAAACAGCUCUUUGCACUACUAUGGCAAUGACACCAUGUCUCAGAUGAUGCAGAAUGAAUACCAUAACAUUGAUGCUGAACAGAAAUUUUUGAAGAACCUUAUAGACAAGAACUUUGUGGUCAAUUUGACGUGAAAGCUGAAUGGAAAAUAUGAAGAACAAUCACUACUUUCAAGAUUUCAACAAAUUUUAUUUUUUGUAUGAUAUUUUUAUUUUUAAGUGCAGUGUAACUGUUUACUGUUUAAAAGGAGCACAGAAACCUCUCCAGGCAGAAGCUCUUU